AUGGCUUCUUCAGGAGAGGACAUCGCUACAAAGUCAGAGCAAGAGGAGAGUCUCUCUGAGCUCGAGGGAGAGGUGAAUGCCUCAGAUCAGCACCAGGUGAAACGGAUCAAAAAGAAGAUAGACCUAAGAAUCUGCGUUGUGCUCGGAGUGCUGUAUACCGCCUCAUUAGUCGACCGUGUCAAUUUACCUAAUGCUUAUGUCGCUGGAAUGGAUACAGACCUGGACCUCAAAGGAAAUGCUUAUGUUAAGGUAAUCUUGCACCGUCGAACAAAAAUAACUCUUUUAACUUGCUCAUCAGCUGAGGUGGCAAAACGAAAUGCUGCCUUCUAUCUCCUUGGGUCUUUUAUUGCAGGCUUCGGUGGUAUCCUGGCAUAUGGUCUGUCGAGAAUGAAGGGCGUCGGGGGUCACGCAGGCUGGCGAUGGAUCUUCAUUUUGGAGGGUACUAUCACUGUUGCCUUUGGUCUCGUGGCCUACUUCCUCAUCGUCGACUUCCCGGAGGAUGCGCAUAAAUCCUGGAAGUUCCUCAAAGAAGACGAAAUCCAGACUGUCAUUGAUCGCAUUAACAGAGACCGACAGGACGUAGUAACAUCUCCCUUCAAGCUGGGCUCAUAUUUGAAGAAUGCCUUGGACUGGAAGAUAUGGUUCUACGCUGCCAACUUUGGUCUUACAUCGGUGGUCACAUACGCUUCGGCUUACUUCCUCCCUAUCGUCCUACAAGAGGGACUCGGGUUUUCUGAGGCCGCAUCUGAAUGUCUGAGUACUCCGUGUUAUGUCGUCGGAUCAAUUCUUGGAUUUGGCGAAAGCCUCAUAUCCGACAGAAUCGGCCUUCGAACACCGUUUCUUCUCUUCAACUGCGUCAUUGAAGUAAUCGGGGUCGUUGUCUUGGGUUUCGCAAAACCAAGCGGUGUGAGAUAUUUCGGAGCCUUCCUCAUUAUCGCAGGAUCCAACUCAAAUAUCCCCCUGUGUUUGACUUACCAAGCCAACAACAUCCGGGGCGUUUGGAGACGCGCUUUCUGCUCAGCAACCAUCGUUGGCGCUGGAGGUAUCGGUGGUAUCAUUGGUUCCUUGACCUUUCGAGCCCAGGACGCGCCAACAUACAGACCAGGCCUAUACACCUGUAUCACAGCUGGGUGCUUGACGUUUCUCUCCGUCUGCACCACGACGACAUACUUCUUUGUCCAAAAUAAGAAGCAGAAGCAAGGAAAAACAGUGAUUGAGGGUUUGGAGGGCUUCAGAUACACAUACUGA